CUGACAAUGGCGGGCGAGAGAGAGAUUCAACCCAGCACCGCCACCGAUCACCACCGCCGACAACCACAACUACAACAAAAGCAAGAAGAAAAACGACACCGUUCAAUCUUCGACCUACCAUCUGACUUCUUCGAUUCAUGUCGUCUUCUUCACUCCCCAUCUUCCAUUUCUAUAAUCGAACCCUUCGAUAACCUUCCUGUCAAAACCCUAGUUGAAGAUGAAGACGAACAAUCGAGCAGUAUUACAAAGAAUAAUAAUGUUAAUUCUAUGCAGAGAUGGUCUUGUAAUACGUGUAAGGCCGAGUUUGAUUCUCUACAGGACCAACGCUCUCACUUCAAAUCCGACAUUCACCGAUUCAAUAUAAAGCUGACUAUUGCUGGAAAAGAUACGAUGAAGGAGGAAGAUUUUGAUGAGUUGACUUCUGAUUCUUUAUGCAAAGACUACGACAUAUCAAGCAUAUCAGGAUCAGAAGAAGAUGAUGAUGAUAAGGAAUCCAGUCUCCGCAAUGAUUUACAUAGAGUAUUGGGAGAAAGAGUUAGAAAUAAAAUAUUUGUACAUUUGCGGACAGGGGAGAGACUUUCAGUUUGGAAAUGUUUAGUUCUCAAUGAGUCGGAAUAUAUUUCACUUGAGAAUGAUAGAUCUGUGGCUGUGGAUGAUGGUGGUUACAAGCCUAGUUUGACAGAGAGGGAGGUAACUGAAAAAUUGAAAUAUUUGAUCCAUGAACCUAGAGAUAAUACUCGUUUGCGGAUUGUGUUGCUUGCAAGGGGUGGGCAUUUUGCUGGCUGUGUCUUUGAUGGGAACUCUGUUGUGGCUCAUAAAACAUUCCACAGAUAUGUUGUACGGGCCAAGGCUGGUAAAAAACAGUCAUCAAAAGAUGGUAGCGGCAAGAUUGCACAUUCCGCCGGAGCUGCACUGCGUCGGUAUAAUGAGCUUGCUCUAAAAAAGGACAUACAAGAAUUACUUGCGGCAUGGAAGCUUUAUUUUGAUGCUUCCUCUUGCAUUUUCAUUUAUGCGCCUUCAAACAAUCGUCAACUGUUUUUUGAUGGAGAAAGACCAUAUGUCAGCUGUCAGCAUCAUGCUGUUCGACAUGUUCCUUUGACCGUCAGAAGGCCUACCUUUAAGGAAGCCCGGCGAAUAUAUAAUCUAUUGACACAAGUAUCUUAUGAAAUAGAUGAGGAAACCACACCUAAUAUAGAAGGGGAGUCAGUACUAAGUGCAAGUACUGUGAACAAUGGCUGCCCAGGGUCCAGCAAAGAGGACUUGAUGGAUAAUUUGGAAAGUAGGAAAACUGUCGAAGCAUGCUCAGGUGUCAAAAAAUCUGACAUAUCAAGUGAGAGUGAGAGUGAACUUAAUGGUAUUUCGACACCUUUACAUGAAGCAGCAAAGUCUGGCAAUGCUCAAAAAGUAUUGGAACUCCUAGAACAGGGUCUGGAUCCGUGCAUCAAAGAGGAAAGGGGGCGGACUCCUUAUGUGCUUGCAACGGAUAAGGAAGUGAGGAAUACAUUUAGAAGGUUCAUGGCUUCAAACAUGGAUAAGUGGGAUUGGCAUGCUGCAAAAGUGCCUAGUGCGUUGACAACAGAGAUGGAGGAAUCUCAAGCUGCUAAGCUGGCGGAGAAAGAUGCCAAGAAGAAGGCAAGAUCGAAAGAGUUGAAGAAGUUACGUAAAGCAAGAGAAAAGAAGGCUCAGGCACAGGCUACUCAAUCCCAGAAUGAUUCAUCCACUUCAACUCUAGCUCUUAAAGGAAAAUCUCAAUCUAGUGGUGCAACACAGAUGUCGAAAGAGGAGGAAUUGAAACACGCACAAGCGGUAGAGAGGGAAAAGAGAGCUGCUGCUGCUGAGAGGAGAAUGGCAGCAGCUGCUGUCCUUAAUUGUCAAGGCCUUGGAACAACUGCUGCUCCAAGCAGUUCACAGAUAAAAGGCACGGUAACAACUGACAUUAAGUGUUCCUCUUGCAAUGUGUCAUUACUCGGUAAAGUUCCCUUUCAUAGGUACAACUAUAAAUACUGCAGCACUUCAUGCAUGCAUGGUCAUAGAGAGAGUCUUGAGGAUGGAUAACAAACAAACUUUCAAUUUUCCGUUUGUUUUUGAACUUUAUUAAUAGUUACUGUUGCAAAGUGACCUUUGUACCUAUUUAUUUCUAUUACAUUGUUCCUAUUUUUUGAAUUUUUGGGUAAAAAAUUUUCUUCACAAGAUGAAUAUAUAGCUG